AUGUACAUCACUCUCUACAACAUAGUCACCCAUCUCCCUGACUCCCUUCGCGUAGUCAGGGACCACUUCCUCUCAGUCUGUCCCACCACUCUCACUGUUGACCUCCUCGAGAAGGCCCUCUUAGCAGCAGAGAAGAGCAUAGUCGUUGUAGGAGCCUCUCGUGGUGACCCGCGCACCCCCAUCUUUGAGGGGUGUUCCCCCUCCCCCCUUUUGCCCUCUGUUGCCUCUGCUGCUGCGGCCGACCUCGUUGGGCUUGAGUCAUUCGGUGCGGCGUCUACCCCUAGCGGGGCAGGGGCGCUGGAGGAGCUAGCGAGGGCGGUGGAGGUGGCGGUGGAGGCGGCGGAGGGGGUGGGGGUGGUGGUGGGGGUGGUGGCGGGGGUGGAGGUGUCGGUGGCGGCAGUAGAGGCGGAGGCGGCGGCAGUGGCGGUGGGAGCGGAGGUGGCGGAGGUGGCGGCGGUGGAGGAGGCGGUGGCGGAGGAGGUGGAGCUGGUCGGGGUGGCGCUUUGCAGAGGGUCGGCUCCGGUGGUGCGGGGUGGGGGUACUGGUCCGUGCACCUACGUCCUACGCACCGGCGACCGCGCGGGUGAGGAGUGUGGAGGUGCGCACCCCACUCAGCGCUGCUUUGGCCGCCUGACGGACGCUUGGAGUCACCAGUUUCCGGAGGCCACGGAGAUCCCCCGCUGGGGUGAGUUGUCUAGGGCCGGAGUAGCUAUCUUUGACCUUGACUUUGAUACUAUUCUUGCUGCCAUAUAUGCUGUAACUAUAAGUGAUGAGGGUGACUGUUACCGGUGUUUCCCGCCCGACCCGGGCAUUGAGACUGCUACUCCAGGUACUGGUGAGGCUGCUGCUCUAGGUGCUAGCGAGGCUGCUGCUCUAGGUGCCAGUGCGUCUGCUCCCUCAGGUUCUUGUGAGUCCGCGCUCUCAGGUACCGAGUCGGCUUCAGCCUCCCUCACCUUCACCCUUGACUCGGGGGCUUCUCGCUCCUUCUUUCGAGACCGCAACACACUCACGCCGCUUGGUCGGCCAGUUGCGGUCUCUCUGGCAGACCCCUCAGGGGGUCAUGUCCUUGCUCACUUCUCCACUGUCCUCCCGUGUCCGGCGGCUCCCUCUGGCACCCUGUCUGGUCUUUACCUCCCCUCGUUCUCUACAAACUUGGUGAGUGGUGCUGACCUUCAGGAUGGGGGAGUUCACCAGUUUACUCCUGCGAGCCAGCGGGUGACCCACUGCACGGACGCUCGGACGGGCCGACACUUGGCCACGUUUACUCGUCGGCCGGGGUCGAGCCUGUACACACUGACCACUACGUCUCCUUCUGUCCCUGCGUCUGGCCAGGUAGCUGCGUCGGGUCAGGUGUUUGCUGCAGCGUCCAGGUCUGGUCCUGAGUCUGCCACCUGCUCGUGUCGCCUCCUGUCUCACGAGACUCUCCUCUGGCACCAUCGCCUUGGUCACCCCUCCCUGCUUCGUCUCCGAGGCAUGGCCACCCAUUUCCUUGUCUCUGGACUUCCCCGGUCCCUCCCUCCCCUUCCUCCGGGGCCUGGCCCUACCUGCGUCCCCUGUGUCAAGGGGCGGCAGCGCGCUGCCCCUCACUCCUCCCAGUUUCCUCCGACAGAGGCCCCGCUGCAGACGCUUCACCUGGACGUGUGGGGCCCCGCCCACGUCCGUGGACUGAGUCACGAGCGCUACUUCCUGUUGGUGGUUAACGACUACUCGCGUUACACCACAGUCUUCCCCUUGCGCAGCAAGGGUGAUGUCACUGAGGUGUUGAUCGACUGGAUCCGCGCAGCUCGUCUCCAGCUCAGGCAGAGCUUCGGCUCGGACUUUCCUGUUCUGCGUCUGCACUCUGAUAGAGGCGGAGAGUUCUCCUCUGGCCUUCUGCGGGCCUACUGUCGUGCACGAGGCAUCCGCCAGACCUUCACGCUUCCGGACUCUCCACAGCAAAAUGGGAUUGGUGAGCGCCGCAUUGGCAUGGUCAUGGACGUCGCUCGUAUGUCCAUGAUGCAUGCGGCUGCCCCCCAUUUUCUGUGGCCGUUUGCGGUUCGGUACGCGGCGCAUCAGAUCAACCUCCACCCCAGGGUCUCCUUGCCGGAGACCUCCCUAGCCUUGCUAUGGACGGGGAAGGUUGGCGAUGCGUCUGCGUUCCGUGUCUGGGGAGCUCGGGCGUUUGUUCGCGACUUGUCUGCGGACAAGCUGUCCCCUCGUGCUGCUCCUUGCGUCUUCCUGGGUUUCCCCCCUGACGCGCCAGGGUGGCAGUUCUACCACCCCACCUCUCGCCGUGUUCUGUCCUCCCAGGACGUCACGUUUGACGAGUCGGUCCCCUACUACCGUCUCUUCCCCUACCGCACUUCGUCCCUCCCCCCGCCGCUGCUCUUCCUUGUACCAGUUCCCCCCCCGGUAGACCCCCUCCCCCCUCAGGGUCCGGCCCCUUCAGGUGUGUCCCUGGUAGACGCGGUCGAGCCUGUCGAGGUCUUUGGUGACUCUGGUGCUGCUGAGGGUGUUGAGCUUGGGGGUGCUGACUCUGAGGGUGAUGAGCGUGUGCGUGAUGAGCCUGGGGGUGCUGAGACUGGGGGUGCUGCGCCUGGGGGUGCUGAGCCUGGGGGUGUUGAGCCUGGGGGUGCUGAGCCUGGGGGUGCUACGCCUGGGGGUAUACGUCUAGAGGUGCUGAGCCUGGGGGUGCUACGUCUGGAGGUGCUGAGCCUGGAGGUGUGGAGCCUGAGGGAGUUGGGCCUGCGUGUGAGGCGUCCGGCGGUGCUGGGCCUGGAGGUUCUCCGGGUGCUUCGUCUCAGCGGGAGCCACUCUCUCCACAGAAGCUACGCGAGUGGUUUGCCCAGCGCUGGGGGCGUGCUGCUGGAGCUGGAGGUUCUUCGGCUGCUGAGGGUGCUGGUGCCGCGGGUCCUGGAGGUGCUCGUACUGGCGGUACUGGAGCUGCUGGGCCGGCGGGUGCGUCUGGAGCUGGAGCUGCUGAGGGUGUCGGCGUUGGGAAUUCUGCUCUCGGUCCUGGUGACGGUGUUGCUGGAGGUAUUGGAGCUGGAGGUGCUGCUGGCGCGGGUGCUGCCACUGCGGGUGCUGGUGCUAUCCCUGCUGUGUCUGGAGUCACUUCGCGGCCUCGACCGUACUUCGUUCCGCUCCUUCAGCAGGUACUUGUUACAGUUACAGCCCGCCUCCCCACUGCCUGCUCCUUCUCCCUACACUGGUCCUACUAGAGGUCUUGCUGAGCGUCGUGAGCCUGCGUCUCGCCCUGCGUCGCCUGUCCGUGCUGCUCGCACUAGUGGUCGCGGUUCGCGUCAGCGUCCUCCUCCUGUCCCUGGCACGCACCGGAUGUCUCUGCGUCUGUCCACUGGUCCUCUGCGUGCCGCUUUGCCUUCUCCUCCUGAGUCCCCUCUUCCUACCCUUCCCGACCCGGAGUCGGACUCUCUUCGUGCUGCCAGUCCUACUAUCACGCGUCACCUUGCUACUGUCGUCACUGACCCUUCCUUUGAGUCCUCUGCUGCGUCUGCUCUCAUUGCUGAGCUAGUCGACUUUGCUGCUCGCUGUCGUCUAGACUACGCUGCUAGUCUUGUCGCUGAGUUCGAGUCUGUCUGUCCUCCGUCCGUCGGGGGUGAGUGUGCCCUUGGCCCGGACGUCCUUGAGGACAGGCAGGAGGAGUUCCAGUUUCUCGCUGCUGCUUCACCUCAUCUCGUGUCCGUACUGCUCACCCCUGAGGGAGACCCGGAUGCACUUGACAUCCCGACUCCACGCUCUUACGCGGAGGCGAUAGAGGGUCCCUACUCCUCUCAGUGGCAGGCAGCUAUGGACGCAGAGAUGGCUUCCUGGAAGUCCACAGGCACCUACGUUGACGAGGUUCCCCUCCCUGGGGCGAACAUCGUCAGUGGCAUGUGGAUUUUCAGGGUGAAGCGGCCGCCGGGUUUCCAGCCUGUCUUCAAGGCGCGGUACGUGGCUCGUGGCUUCAGUCAGCGGCAGGGAGUUGACUACUUUCAGACCUUCUCUCCCACCCUGAAGAUGACCACUCUUCGGGUACUGCUGCACGUAGCUGCUCACCGUGACUACGAGCUGCACUCUCUUGACUUCAGUACUGCUUUCUUGCAGGGUAGCCUGCACGAGGAGAUCUGGCUGCGCCGCCCACCUGGCUUCACUGGGUAUUUUCCUCCUGGCACCCAGUGGAGCCUCUGGCGGCCAGUCUACGGUCUUUGCCAGGCACCGCGUGAGUGGCACGACACACUGAGGACUACGCUUGCAGCUCUUGGGUUUGCUCCCUCUACUGCUGACCCGUCGCUGUUUCUGCGCACCGACACCUCUCUGCCGCGGUUCUACAUCCUCGUGUACGUCUACAACUUGGUCUUUGCCACAGCUGACACUGCUGCACUCGCCUACGUGAAGUCCGAGCUGCAGAAGAGACACACGUGCACAGACCUGGGUGAACUGCGCAGCUACCUUGGCUUGCAGAUCACCCGGGACAGAGCACGCCACACCAUUACCUUGACUCAGUCACACAUGGUGCAGCAGGUCCUUCAGCGCUUCGGCUUCUUGUACUCCUCGCCUCAGGCCACUCCUCUGCCUACUCGCCACUCGCUCUCAGCUCUGCCUUCGGAUGAGUCCGUAGAGUCGAGUGGCCCGUACUCAGAGCUUGUUGGGUGCCUCAUGUACCUGAUGACCUGCACUCGACCUGACCUUGCAUACCCUCUUAGCAUUCUCGCACGCUAUGUUGCUCCUGGGAGACACAGACCGGAGCACAUGGCUGCAGCGAAGAGGGUGUUGCGCUACUUGUGCAGUACGUCGGGCAUGGGGCUAGUGCUUGGAGAGCGCAGUCCAGUGGUCCUCACUGGACACGCAGACGCUUCUUGGGCUGACGACCAGACUACGCAGCAGUCGUCACAGGGUUACACCUUCAGCCUUGGUUCCGGCUCUGUUUCGUGGCGUGCUACCCGCUCGUCUUCUGUUCUCGGCUCCAGUUGUGACGCUGAGAUCUACGCCGGGGCUCUGGCUGCACAGGAGCUUCGCUGGCUCACCUACAUGCUGACUGGCCUUGCAGAGGUGCCUCGUUCUCCUCCAGUGCUGUACGUAGACAACAAGGCCAUGCUGGCCUUGUGCCGAGAGCAGAGACUGGAGCACAGAACGAAGCACAUUGCCCUUCGCUAUUUCCUUGCUCGUGAGCUGCAGCAGCGUGGUCAGCUGCGUCUUGCGUACCUAGCCUCUGAGGCCAACACUGCUGAUAUCUUCACCAAGGCACUUGCACCUUGUGAUCAUCAGCGUUUUUGUACUCAGCUUGGUCUUGUGCCUGUCUUGCCUCACUUGCUCACCUCUUGA